AAUCACCUUCUUUUGAUGGUGAAUUUUUGGCUGGGUUGGCGCACGACCAAAGUGCUGAAAAUUUUUUUAUAUCGUUUCAUCUUGUAUGAACAGCGACCCUUUUGAGUUGUGAUAGUAUAAGACAGGUAUGAGUGAUACAAUCGAGGCUAGACAUAGGAAGGAGCAGAAGGAUUUACAGUCAACCAUCACUUCGUUGAAAAAACAGGCUACUAAGAAAACUAGAAAAAAUGUUAAUAAUAAAUGUCUUGAUUUACAACGAGAUUUGGAUGAAAAACAUAAAAAGGAAUUAAAUGAAUUGAAUGGGGUUAGCACUCAAGAUGAUUUUUCUCCCGAAAAGCUUUUGGCCCAAUUAGAACUUGAAAAAACUGAACAACCGGAACAACCUGAACAGCCUGAAAAAACCGAACAAGCUAAAGAGGCUAAACCAAAACGUAACCGGGCUAAGGAAAAACUUGCUAAAAGAAAAGCAGAAAUUGAAGCCAUUCAAGCUCAAGCUAGGCUUGAGCUGGAAAAUUCAAUUGAUUAUAAAAAAAUCGAACAAGACUCAAUGAAUCAAAUUUUAUCUUUACAAAACUUAAAAGUCUUUGAUAUUAGACCCGAUGGUCAUUGUUUAUUUGCUUCAAUCAAAGAUCAACUCCAUGAAAGACAUCAACUUGAUGUUUCAAUCGAUCAAUUAAGAUUAGAUGCCGCCAAAUAUAUGGAAGGUCAUAAAGACGAUUUCGAACCCUUUCUUUUUGACCCGGACACCAUGCAACAACACAACCUAACCGAAUAUCUACAAGAAUUAACCACUACCGCCAUGUGGGGGUCUGAUUUGGAGAUAAAAGCUUUGGCCCACGUCUUUGACUGUCCCAUUAAAGUGUUUGUUGCCGGUGCCUCUCCCAUCCAUUUCAAUUCUGAAGCUUCUCUUCCGGAAUUAAAAUUAGGUUUCUACAAAUACUCCUACGGCUUGGGUGAACAUUAUAAUUCGUUGAGGGAUAUCUGAUUUGCCCCAUUGGGGUAAAACAACCAAAAGAAAAAAUAUCUAUAGAAACACCUGGUUUACGGGUGUUAUUUUCGGCGGAUUUAUCAAGGGUUUCUUCUCGCGUCAGAUUUAGUGCCUUCUCAACGGCUACUGCGUGGUCGCUUAAUUCUUGACACGCCGCUAUUGUUGUUGUUCCUCGUAAAUCCGCGCGGGUUUCUCAGACAUGCGUUGUGAUCUACAAUAAAACCGACCGCGGGCUCGCAACCGAUGCAUUGACCCUGUCCUCACCACAGCCCUUGGUUCGGCUUAUCUAAUCGAUCA